AGUGGCCAAUGGGAUGUCGCGGCGGUGGUGAAGCCGGCGCUUGGAGAAGACCUGACUGCCGGGACCGGAUCAGUCCGAGCGGCGGCGGGAGCUAGAAGAUGUUGGUCAUUCACGGGCUGGCGGUGGCGCUGGCCCUGACUGUGCUGCCGGGCGGGAGCCGGGCCCUGCGGCCGGGUGACUGCGAAGUAUGCGUUUCUUUUCUGGGAAAAUUUUACCAAGACCUUAAUGACAGAGGCGUCACAUUUUCCCCAAGCAACAUUGAAAAUGAACUGAUGAAGUUUUGCAAUGAUGCAAAAGGGAAAGAAAACCGUUUGUGCUAUUACAUUGGAGCUACCAGUGAUGCAGCUACCAAGAUCAUCAAUGAAGUGUCAAAGCCUCUUAGCCAUCACAUCCCUGUUGAGAAGAUCUGUGAGAAACUAAAGAAGAAAGACAGUCAAAUUUGUGAGCUCAAAUAUGAUAAACAGAUUGACCUGAGCACAGUGGAUCUGAAGAAACUCCGAGUUAAGGAAUUGAAGAAAAUCCUGGAUGACUGGGGUGAAAUGUGUAAAGGCUGUGCCGAAAAAUCAGACUACAUUCGGAAAAUUAAUGAACUGAUGCCCAAAUAUGCCCCCAAGGCAGCUAGUUCACGGACUGAUCUUUAGUUUGCACUGAGCUUUGUAGGUAUCUGAGAAGAAAUCACAUUUAAUCUCUGUUUCAAACCACAUUUUGUAAUUUAUUUUUUAAGAGGGCUCCUGAUGGUGUCAGAUCUGAAACCUGGGGCUUGAUUCAAGAUGCUGGUUCUACAGCUCCCUUGUGUCUCUCUCUGUACUGUUUCUUCUUCAUUUUGUUGUUUUCUUUUAUUUCUUCAUUUAGGACUUCACAAUAUGUAUGGGAUUUUUUUAUUAAAGUUUUAAAAAAACUUUAAAAAAA